UCUGGGUCGUGAAGCGGGAGGACAGCCAUUAUAAUUGCUUCAUGGUGUAUAUGACAGACCUCAACCUAACAAUGAAUAUUGAUUGUGAUGGUUUACCAUUGUGGGGUUCCGAGUACAGCAGGAAACUGACUGAAACCAAAGACAGUGAUGGUGCAUUAAUUAAAGCUAUGAAAAUUGUAUCUCCUAUAACUCCGUUUCUUGUGGUUGGAAGAUUCAGCGCCGAGUACCUCUCUCCAAAUGUAACAUAUACCUUCACUUAUAUGUUCAUGUUUGAUGACAACUCGGAAUCAGAAGAGAAGGUGUCUGUCCGUUGUCUACUUCGUCUUCCUGAUCGCAAAUUUCAGGAGCACAGGCAUGAGUUAAAUAGCAAACCGAGGAAAAAAUGGAUUAAAUUCCCUAUAGGUGAAUUCAAGACAAACAAAGGUUACAUUGGAGAGAUAGAAUUUUCUUUGCAUUUUCAAUGCCCCACAAAGGAAGUUAAAUUUGCAGUCAAAGGGGUCAUAAUUGAGCCCAAUCUCUUCAAUCUUUUACGUAGUUAAAGACCUGGUUUCCUAGUUGUCUAUCACAUGUAUUUCUGGAAGCAACGCAUUAUUUAGAUAAAAUACCUUGAGAUUUGACCCAAGAACAUUGCCAUAGCUCAACAUAUUAUUUGUGCUGUCAAAACUUCACCACUGAAAACAGUGUAGAUUUGUCAGACUGUCACAAGCUGAAAAUUAUAUAGCAGUAUUAAUGGUAUUGGACUCAAGUAGGUAGAGGUCAAGAAAUUACGGAAUUUUGAUUCACAAAUUCCUAGUUGUGAGACUAUUAAAAGUACUUGUUACCCUUUUAUACUGCAAAAUUUAUAACUACCUCCGUUAACAUUUACUUGUUACUUUGGGUAUUAUU